GUCCUGGUAUAUUCACCUUUCCUUCCUCCGUGUGGUAUAUUCCUCUAUAAUGGCUCGUUGGCGCUCCGCGGAAAUUUCUAGCUGAACUUCGUGCUCUGCGGGUGCUUGCGAAAAUGUCGACUACCCUCGCGCUCAAAGAAAACUUUGACUCUGAGAAAGCAAAAGGUGCCCUGGAAGACAUCCUAGCUGCGUUUGACCAACCUGAGAACUUCGUAAGGCUUCAAGACGCAAAAGAUCUUGCUGGAAACGACAUGCUUAAGCACAUGCAGAUCGUUUUUCCUCUUCUAACGCAAAUAGAAAUGACGGUCAUCGAGAGCUACGGCUUCACACGCGACGGAGAAGGUGUGUUGCAGUUCGCCCAAAUCAUCAAGCAGAUGGAACGGGAGCAUCCUGAAAUUGCACGACUGAAUGCAGAGCUUCGGGCGCACUUCAUCCCCCCAAUGGUACCGCCGUCGUUACCCGACAACUGAGAAUGUACUUGCUCAGCAGAAGUUGUACUGUCGAGUGAUCCCUUUCAUUUUCAUUAUUUUCGUCCUUCCGCAUUGACUGACGUUGCUGCGCCGCCGAUCGGCCGCGCGGCCCAACGCAUGAUAGCGGACUGCGACGAGAAACAGUGCAAAAUACGGGCCUCGUUUCAGAUUAAUUCAGGGAAGUUUGAAAAAAAAGUUAUCCCGGACGCGAUUAAAGUUUCAACCGUGGGUUUUAUUUUACAAGAAAUGACACUCGCAAACACAUGCCGUAAUCGUGCCUGCAUUGCCCGAAAUGCGUGAACUAUAAAACCCAGCUUUCGAACCGUGCGGUUCGCACGGAGGCGUGCACUGUGUGCGCAGCCCGACGAGUUUCCUGUGCUGUGUCUGCCAACAUGUGAUUUGUUCAAAUACCAUCUCUUUCAUUCACUAAAUGUCGUUUCAUUUGAAAAUACUGUAAAUUUUACAUAAUCACCAUAGUGUUGAUGUAGCUUAUCUGUUCUCAUUUGUUUGGAAGAAAUUGUUUUGUUAUGUUGUGUGCCAUUAAACGUGGAAUAAAACAUUUGUUAAAGAACGA